AUGACAACAGUGAAAGCAUUGAUUGCUACUGCACUUAAGAGGGGUUGGGACACCUUUCAGUUGGAUGUCAACAAUGUCCUCUUGAGAUUUUGUGAAGCGGCAUAUCUUAUGUCUGUAGGUCGAUUGGAUAUUCGUGGAAGAAUUGGAACAGAAAUGUUGUCACCAAAGACAGAAUAUUCUGCUUAUUUGGUGUUCAACUUGUUAAAAUGGUCCCAUGGACUUGAAUCUGCUAAAUCAAGUAUUAAGUUUGUUAAUUAUGAGAGUGAAAUUGAUACUGAAAAUCAGUACAACACUGUGCACUUUGCAAGAGCGCAAGUAAAUGGGGAUAUCCCAAAAAUGAGAGGAGACAGAUGGAUGGAAGUAGAAUUGGGAUAG